AUGUCAGAUUCUGGAUUUUAUUCUCUCAAGGCCGAGCGUCCUGGAGGCAAGGAGUACUCUUUCUCCGAACUGAAGGGAAAGGUUGUGCUCAUCGUCAACGUUGCUUCAAAAUGCGGGUUCACUCCACAAUACAAGGGACUGCAGGAUUUGUACUUGAAGUACAAGGAUCAGAACUUCGUCAUCCUUGGGUUCCCUUGUAACCAGUUUGGAGGUCAAGAGCCAGAAGACGACAAGGGGAUCGAAGAGUUUUGCACGCUCAACCACGGCGUCACAUUCCCACUCAUGAAAAAGUCCGAUGUCAAUGGAGACAAUACCAACGAGGUCUACAAAUGGCUGAAGGAAGAGAAAUCCGGGAUCUUUGGGCUCACGAGAAUCAAGUGGAAUUUCGAAAAGUUCCUCGUCGACAAAGAGGGGAACGUCGUUCAACGAUGGGCGUCCACGACGACACCACAAGCGAUUGACGAGGAAGUUGCGAAACUCUUAUGACUGCAUGUCGGACCGCCAUCAAAGCUUUAGUUUUGGGAAUUUAUGAGAUAUAUAUUCAACUUUGGUAAUCUUCGGAAUGUAGAUAGUGCAAGCGAACCAGCGAGUUCCCACGAUUCCCAGGAAUGAAA